CACACACAUGCCCUUUCUCCUCUCUCUCCCCCUUUCCUGUCUCUCUCCAAUCACAAUGCCUGCAGUCACCAGAGGUGGCCCAGCGACCACCAUUGACGACACCAUAAACACCACCAAAGAAUCGCCCAGAUUCAGGUAUCCACUCUCUGCCUCCCUCUCUCUGUCUUCAUCUCUUUCUCCCUCUCUCUGUACACAGCACACCCACACGCACAUAGAACACACGCAUAGCACACUAGAGGCAUUAAAUUUUGGGGUUUGGUAUUUGUGGUUCCAAUUUGGAUUACACAUAUUGAUUGUGUUUAAGUUUUCUAUUUAUCUGCUUGGUUAUGGGUUACAUAGUGAAUGUGCAAGAUUGAGUAAUGGGCAAUUUUACUGAUUGUACAGUAUGGAGGAUGGUAAAGUUUGGUUUUUUUUGGUGAUGUUCUUGCUAAAUUUGCCGAUGAGUUUUCUUACUACGAUGAAUGAGUUUUAUGGGUAAUUUUCAUGGUUGAGUAGUUGUGUUGAUUUUUCCUGCCAUUGAGAUUGUCUUCUACAUUUUGAAAAUCUUAAACUAAGGUUGAUUUCUAGAAGCAUUUUGUAUGUGUGUUGUCUGGUGUUAGUGAGCAUGGGAUGUGUUUAAUGAAGUGUCCAAAUGGUUAACCUCCAUUAUAGAUGCUUUGCCUUUUUUCUUUGUUUCUACUAUGUAAACUGUCUGUUUAAGGAAAUGGCCAUACAAUAUGUAUCUGCAACAUAUAUGUACUUCAGUUGGCUGCACUAAUUCACCUAAAUCAAUUUUAGGGGGUUUUGCCAUUUUGGGUUGGGGAGCAUUUGCCCAGCCUAAUUUGGAUUUGGGCUCCAAGUGCUUGAUAAAAAGCACAGAAACAAUUAUUUUAAUGUAGUGAAGAUUCUUCAUCCCUUUUGCUUGGAAAUAGAGACUACUUCAUGGGACAAAUUUAUGGUCCAUCCAGUUUCUUUUUAGGCAUUUUAGUAUUUUUGUCAUAAUCUAUUCACACGUUAUGAAUUGUAAAUUGCACUAUAGCGAAAUGAAUAGCCUUGAAAUUCCUAUAUGAUGCUUAUAUUAGUAUUUUCCUUACUUUAUGAAGCUAAAAAUCAAUUUAAAAUUUGGGUGUUUUGUAACUUUUCAAUUUCGGAUGGGAUUUU